UGGAUUCCCACAAGGUUUUCCUAUCCUGUCUGUUAUUCAGGGUAUAUUUUGAACUGCUAGGGACUUAAAUGCCAGCAAUAUUCACAAGACAGCAAUCUCUACAUCAAUAGAGAUAGUACAACUGGGCUAGCUUUUCAAGUCCUGAGACAUCAGAACAGCAUCCCUGUCUUGCCUUGUUCCAGGCAGCUGAAUAGAGAAAUACGGCUGAAAAACAGUCAAAGAACCAGAAUUUUACUAGCAAGUGAAUGGCAUCAGUCAUUCAGUGUAGCACUUUGUGCUUCUCAGAGAUCUUAAGGAUCCUAUCCCUGUUCCUAAACACUCAAGUGAGGUGCUCAGCGAAGGCAGGGUCAGCGUUUCCCCACCUGCAGGACUCCCAUCUGCUUCGGGACAGCUCAGACCUCGGCCUCCUUGUCACGCACCUGACAGACACGAUUUCCUGGAGGAGGAUUAGAAACAAUCAGAAUUGCACUUGUGCAACCGAGAUGCUUGUAUGUAAACACCCGGCAGUAGCCGAGCCGCGCACAGAGGAGGUACAAUACCACACGUGCAACAGCCUGCGGCAGCAGCGGAGCUGUUCAAUGACCAGCAUGGAAAGCUUCACACUAUCAGCUUUCAAAUUCUCACACUGCUUCUGCAUCAGUAAGUCCAUCAGAAUUUAUUCUGAUAUGCAAGUUUCUGAGAAAGUGGAAAAUAUUCAUGGGAAAAAGGCUUGCUUUUCAUUGAUGACCUUGACUGUCACUGCUGGUUACCCCUGGCAACAGCCAAAGAACAGCUGGGUUUCAAUAAAAGGAGAAUGCAAGGGAGAACAAGGACCAGUGUUGCCAGGCAACUAUGCAUUCUGUGUGCUGCUGGUCACGCUGGCCCACUGCUGGGAAGGCAAGGAGGUGGAGCUCUGACUUGAUGCUGCACAGCAAAGCUGCUAGCUUUUUCCAUUUACUGGGAACAAGUUAUAUUGAGAUAUAUGAAGAUGCUCUAGUAUCAGCGUGACAUGAUAGAAUGAGGGAUUCUGAUGGCUUUCACCAAACCUAUGCAUAACAGUGAACUAAUAGUAGCUAGAACAAUAAAGUAAGGAUUGAAUGCAAUUCUCUUAGUGAUCACUAUUGUGGAUUUGCCUGAAGAAAUGCAUCUCAAGAGGAAAAGCAAAGCAAUGAAUGCCAAGUGUCCAAUAAGGACGCCCCUCUGUAGGGACAGUGAACUCUCAGAUAAGUGCAGUCAUACUGUCUGUAGUGUGUGUUGGACAUGUAGCAGUAUGCGCCCAUGUUACACAGAAUCACAGAACAGCUGAGGUUGGAAGGGACCUCUGGAGGUCAUCUGGGCCCUGCUCCGGAAGGGCCACCCAGUACCAGGUGUGCUCCAGUUGGCUUCUGAGUAUCUGUAAGGAGGUAGAGGAGGCAAUAGUAACAAAUCUCCAUGCUGUGAGAGGAGAGGCAGAAAUUUUCCUAGUAUGGGAUCAGAGGUGCAUGCUGUGUGCUACAUAAAAUAUUACUCGAUCUUAGAGAAAGAUGCUAGUUGAUAGGUCUAGGUCAUGAAAGGGUUGGGGACAGGUAAGUACUGUCUCCUAGUUUAUUUCUCUGGCACUGGGCUUACUUUUAAAGCAGUUGGAAUUCUGCCCUGUUCUCUUUCUGCAUCUUGCUCUUAGCAAAGCCACAACAAGUCUAACUAGAACUUCUCUGAGGUGCUUUCUGAAGAGUCCUUGCGACGCAGUGGCUGAAAGAGAUUUGGUGUAGCUCAGAGGAGAAGAGAUGCCUCCCUCAGAGUGGGGGACAGCUUGGCACUUCUUGCACACCUGGCUCUGGGGGCAGAGUGCUCCUGGGGCUUAUCGUGUAGUAUGGCUGUUCUGGGCUGUCAGUUUGCUACAUGGAAAUCCCAGAUGUUUUUUAUCCUCAAAUGGCUCUGUGACUCUGUGUGACUGCAAAGUUCUGUAAUAUCCAGGAAAUUUCCCAGUGUUCCUCACUAUAGCUUCUGAGUUUAGAGUAGGGCACAGUAGCUGUUCAGGUAUGUUCCUUGUUGCCUCAUAUAAGUAGAUGAGAUAGAAUUGCAGCAGAACAAAUAGAGGAUGUCAGGGA